AUGGCUUCUUUUCGGCCAUAUCUUGUAUGGUUUGUGGCGAUACUUUUGGUAUCCAAGAGCGUAGAAGCAAGACACAGAUUUCAUUCAUGGAGAAAAUAUAGUUCCAAGUCAUCUCCAGAAUCAGUACCAAUGUCUGCGCCUAACUCUAACCAAUCACGUCAACCAUCUCCAUCACCACAACCAUCAUCCUCGGAUUAUUACACUUCUAGUCCACCAUCAACUUUUGGGUGGUCUUCUCCUCAACCCUCCCCAAUACCUUCUCGUACUUCCAACAAGUCUCCAAGUUCACCAACCUCAUCACCACUAUCACCGACUCCAAAUGAUUUUAAUUCUCCGCCCUCGCCUUCAAGAUGGGCUCCAUCCCCAUAUUACUCUUCAUGGGAACCAUCUCCUAGUUAUACGACAACUCCUCAAUCAUCGCCUGUACUUGCACCUUCUUACCCUAACCAGUCCCCACCAUCACCUAUAGAGUGGUUCUCUCCUCGACCUUCCCCAGCACCUUCAUCUACUUCCUACUACAAGAAUGCUCCAAGUUCACCAACUACAUCGCCACUAUCACCAUCUCCAUAUGAUAAUAGUUCACCGCCCUCACCUUCAGGAUGGGCUCCAUCUCCAUAUUAUUAUUCAUGGGCACCAUAUCCUAGUGAUAAAGUAUCUCCUCGAUCAUCGGUUGUACCUGUACCUGCACCUUCAUUUCCUGAUAAGUCUUCACAACAACCUUCUCCAUCACCACUUCCAAAUUACUAUUAUAACUCACCACCUCCUCCAUAUGCUUACAACUCUCCACCACCUCCAUCACCAUCGCCACCUCCUCCAUCACCAUCACCACCUCCUCCUUAUUACUACAGUUCCCCACCACUGCCAUCACCAUCUCCUCCACCUCCUCCCUCAUCAUCACCCCCUCCUCCAUACGUUUACAAGUCACCACCACCUACAUCUUCACCUCCACCUCCUUCAUAUUACUACAUGUCACCACCCCCACCAUUGUCAUCUCCUCCUCCAUAUUACUACAUGUCGCCAGCCCCACCAUCUCCUUCGCCUCCACCUGCUUAUCACUACAACUACCCGCCGCCACCUCCAUCCUACUGAAAAUUUCAUUGUUUUUUCAUAUCUCUGCUCCUAAACCAUAUUAGUACCAUUACCACGUCUCCUCAUUUCUUGAAGUUUCGUUCUAUCUUAUCUUCUAUGACUAUUGUCACAAGCCAUAUGGAACACAUAUUUAUCAGCAGGGUCUAAAUUAUCUAUCGUUUGCAGUGAGGGGAAUUUGGUCGAGAGAGGGACCGGCUUCAGCAGUUUACUUUUAUUUGUCCAACAAAUCAUGUCAUUUGCUUUUGUUUUGUUCGUACAAUUAAUCCUUGUAAGUUUAUUUUAAUAUGUAUCCUCUUUCACUUUGUUAGUAUGAGA